CAAUACUGUAAUCACCCUAGAAUUGAGGUACUCCUUUUUCAAUCGAAAGUAAAAGGCGUAGAUCGAUUUGCAGUACGCAAUUUAAAUAGGAAUUUGUAAUAUCAUGAUUGGUGGUCUCAGCCCUCAGGUAAUUUGAGUGGCCUUAGGUCAGCUCCACAUUGUUGCCAUUGCAGCUCAGUAACGAAGGCCGAUGGAAACAAGCACGGUGACUAUAAAAAACAAGUACUGCUAUCCGAUCCAUCGUAAGCGAUUUCAUGACCCUCAUCGAGAAUCUUAUUUUAGCAUUAUCCCUAUGCCCUAUGUAAUAGUCAUGGAUAUGAUAUCCUUUGGGUUUGGUUGCCUGAAAUAAGCUGUAAGAGCCCUACCAAUAAAUUUCGAAAAGCGACCCCUUACGCUACGCCCUCAGAUCAUCGGUGCCCGCCGCCCAGACGCAGACGGGCCGGACCGAGCGGUCGCCGACCGAUGCUCGCCACGGCUCCGGUUCGCCUCGGUCCAGCGCGGGCGGUGUGGGCGAGGCGGGGCGCUCUCUCACCUGUCGGGCCGGUGCCGGUGGGCUGCCCGGGCGUCCCGCGUCAGUGUGCCGGCGGCCCGCGAGGCGUGAUGACUCCGCUCCGGUCGGCGUCGCUGCUGCUGCUGAUCACUGCAGUCUGGCUGGGCCCGGCCCGAGCCGACCUCGCCGGCACAGGCGGUCUGGGUCCGGACCGCUACUGCCUCUCCUGUCUGUGUACGGCCGCCACCGGCUGUGACGUCAGCACGGGCUGCCUGCCGGACGGCGGCGGCGAUAUCUGCGGCCCGUUCUACAUGUCCGAGCCGUACUGGCGGGACGCCCACCCGCGGCUCUCCGCGCCCUUCUCCGGUCACGGGUUUCGCCAAUGUGCCUCGGACGUCGAGUGUGCCGGCGAGGCGGUCUCUUCAUACAUGCAGCGCUUCAGUCGGGACUGUGACGGAGACGGUCGGGUGACCUGUAAGGACUUUGGUCUGAUGCACUUCAUGGGCUACGCGGCAUGCGGCCGCCCCAGUCAGGUGUCUGCCGGCCUUCAGAGCACCUUCUACAAGGAGUUUAUCGGCUGCGCCACGCGGCUGGCCGGACUACUGGAGAAGGAACAGUACCGCCCACCACCCGGCCACGCCCCCAUGGUGUGACCACGCCCACUUGCCGGCCACGUUCCCAUGGUGUGACCACACGUGGUCCGACCACACGCCCCGCUACCGCUGGGCCUGUGCAGCUGCCGGAGGGAGCCGGCCGCCUUCGACCUGGUCAGGUCAGUCGAGUCAAUGAAACAGCCGCGUCUGGAGGCGCCUAAGUGAGCCUUUGCCGAGACCGCCGAGUUCUGGAUCCUAAGUGAGCAGGGAGAGGGCAGACCAUUCCGCGCUGUGUAUUGGGCUGUUCGCGUUUUUAAAACGCAUUUUUCACAGACUAUUUUUCUUAUAACUUGUAUGCCUACAUGUUUGUACAAAAAAGAUGAGAUAUCAGAUACGAAUGCGACUUAAAAUAUAAUCCUGACGGAUGUAAGAACAGUCA